AUGUUAGUUAUCGGUGUUUUGUUAAGUAUUUUAUUGGUAUCAAACGUCUACAGUACAAGAAUAUUCUCGAAUGGACAAGUUCAGUACAAUCAACCAUGGAUGUGGGGAGGCGGGAACUUAAAUCAGCAAAACUACAAUCAACCAUGGAUGUGGAGAGGCGGGAACUUAAAUCAGCAACAUUACAAUCAACUAUGGGCAUCAAGAAACGAGAAUUUAAGGAAGCAACAAUACAAUCAACCAUCGACGUGGAGAGGCGGGAACUCAAAUCAGCAACUUCAAAUCAAACCAGGUUCAAAUAAAGUAACUACUACUACAGAGAGGGUCACAAAGACGAGUAAUCCGGCCUGUGAUUUCGUUAUUCCUUCCAAACCGGACUUCAGGGCGCCUGGACGAAGGAUAAGUGUAGCAAAAUGCGUUGAAUACAUUUGGGAAAGAAACAACCGAGAAGAUAUUAGUACUAAAGUCAAGAAUUGUCAGAAAACUUUGCCUAUUGGCGAUUUUAGAACAACCGUUGUUGGAGGAAGAGAUGCUUUGCCGGGUGAAUUUCCACACAUGGGUGGAGUAGGAUGGAGAGCUCGAGAAGGAACUUGGAUAUUUAAGUGUGGAUGCUCCCUCAUCAGUUCUAAGUUUACUCUCACAGCUGCUCAUUGUUCCAAAUCAGCACGUGACACCAGUGUGCAAAAUGCUGUUCCAGAAAUCGUGAGACUUGGUGACAAAAAUAUUAUUGAUGUCUUUUCCAAUAAUUUACUUCCACGAGAUUCUAAAAUUUUAAGAAUAAUCGUCCAUCCUAAUUAUUCUUCACCAAAAAAGUAUUUUGAUAUAGCAUUAAUGGAGAUAGAGGAAAUAAAGAGCUUCACAAGUAACGUUCAACCGGCGUGUCUCUGGGGUCAGUUUGAUACAUCAAGCCUCGGUACUUCAGCAACGUUAACUGGUUGGGGAGUGAUCGAAACAGCAACCAAAAAAACAUCUCCAAAACUUCAAGCAGCAACAGUAGAUAUUAUAAAUUCGGAACAAUGUAACGCUUUGCUCCGGCCCUCAUGUAACCGACUGUGGUGUGGAGUGGUGGACCAUCAGAUAUGUGGGGGAAAGCUGUCUGGGGGCUUAGAUGCAUGCCAGGGUGAUUCUGGAGGUCCUUUGCAAGUGAAAAUCCCUCUCCGAGAAUCCAGUGAAGGAUCUAUACAUAUUAUUAUAGGAGUGACGUCAUUUGGAAUCGGAUGCGCACUACCAGACUCACCUGGGGUCUACACCAGGGUCUCCUCCUUUAUAGAUUGGAUUGAGAGCAUUGUUUGGCGAGAG